GAUAACAUGCAUCGCAAUAUCCAAAUGCCACUAACCAAGGAAACCAAAUCCGUUACCCAAACACAUGCCCACACGUAUUCCUCAACACAAACCACAUUCCCACAUUUCGUCCCCGUCUUAAAUUCUUUCCUUUCACCAAACACCCACUUUGCCCAUUCAUUCAUUGCUUCGGUUGUAGAUUCCGAUUACCGCACAUUGAUUGAAGCUUACGGUUUAUGGGUUGUUGCAUUUGUCAUUGAUUGAAGUGGGUCCUUUAGUUUUUCCAUAUACCCCGUUGCAUUUUUGCUACGUUGGGUCAUUUGGGUUCUCCCAAUAUCUGGAUGGGUGUUGUUCUGAACGGAGAUAGAAGGACAUAGAAGAAGAAGGUCUUUCUGAUGGUCAGUGAUUGAAGCUAUCAUUCAAGGAAUAUAUUAGGAUGGCAUCAUCUGAAAGAACAAUUAUGGCCAUCAAAGCUUACCAGAAUCAGGCUGAGCAGCUGGUUAAGGACUACUUAUUAGCAGAUCCUUUUAUUCCAUACACUUCCAUUCUUAGUGGUUUAUUUGCUUGCAAAAUGGUCUAUGAUCUUACUCAGUUAAUCAGCACCUUUUACUUCAAGAGUUAUGCUGGACUUACAAAAAUCCAAAGAAUUGAGUGGAACAAUCGAAGUAUGUCUACUGUUCAUGCCUUCUUUAUAGCUGCUCUAUCAUUGUACUUUGUGUUCUGGUCAGAUCUCUUUUCUGACCACCGACUUGCUGGCCUUGUUACCUUUCGUAGCUCACCACUUUCUACUUUUGGAUUGGGAGUAUCUGUUGGUUACUUCCUUGCAGACAUUGGAAUGAUUUUUUGGCUAUAUCCUUCUUUGGGUGGUAUAGAAUAUAUCGUCCAUCACUCUCUUUCUGCAAUUGCUGUAGCAUAUGCUAUGAUGUCUGGAGAGGGGCAGCUUUAUACAUACAUGGUCCUUAUUUCUGAGGUUACGACUCCAGAGAUCAACAUGAGAUGGUACCUUGACACAGCUGGUAUGAAGAGGUCCAGUGCCUAUCUCAUUAAUGGCAUCGUUAUAUUUUUUGGUUGGCUGGUUGCAAGAGUUCUUCUGUUCGUUUACAUGUUUUACCACGUAUACUUGCACUAUGAUCAGGUCAAGCAGAUGCACAUCUUUGGGUUUUUCCUAGUGUUUAUGGUGCCAGCAGUGCUAGGUAUCAUGAACUUGAUGUGGUUUGGGAAGAUUAUCAAGGGACUGAAGAAGACUUUAACAAAGAGGCAGUGAUGGGCAUUGUACAUACAAGAUAGUAGAUUCUUCCCCUAUGUCAGGUUUUAUUCUGUGCAUUCUUCUGGCUCUACACGGGGCAAGAAGAAUAGAAAAAUGGACAUCUGACCAUCCAUGUCGACGGAAAUCCAAAUGUUGUAAAUGAACCCUCUGCUUCGUAUAUGCCAUUCCUUGCCCAUAUCCACAGCGUCUACCUUCUCACUCAAUUUGUGUAUGUGGGUGUGCUUUGUCCAUGGCCUUACUAGCAUUUAUGUUGUCCGCUCUUAAUUUCUUCCAAAAUUCUUUAAUUUCAACUUCUAGGUGCCCUAAGUUGGAUUUAUCAGGCAGGUUAAAGGCCUUUUGAGAAAAAAUUAUUAUUUUUAAAACAUUUUUUCUUAUAAAUUUUAUGGUAUAAAAGUACUGAAUUCCCUAAUACUCAA